AGAUGACGUCACAGCAACGUGAUUGGUUACCUACUACAGCAACCCCGUUGUUGCUGGUUGAUGAAAAUGUCCGAUUCUAUUUGUAUUUGUAUAUAAUUUCUGUAAACAAUGACAAUGGAUCUGACUUUCUUGGGGACUGGAUCUGCAUAUCCGUCCCCCCAUCGCGGUGCUUCAGCGCUGGUUCUCAGGACGGAAGGAGAAUGUUGGCUGUUUGACUGUGGUGAAGGAACUCAAACCCAACUCAUGAAAAGUCAACUAAGAGCAAGUCGCAUCACCAAAGUUUUCAUCUCACAUUUGCACGGGGACCACCUAUUUGGUUUACCCGGUCUCCUGUGCACCGUGAGCCUACAGACAAACCCUAACCCCACUCAGGCUCUUCCCUGCUUGGAUAUCUAUGGCCCCACGGGCCUCAGGAAGUACCUCAGGGUGACUCUGGGUCUCACGGGCUCACAACUCAUCUUCCCUUAUGCAGUUCAUGAGCUUGAAACUCUGCCUGACCAGAGUCCACCCGAAGGUCAGCUGAGCUUUGAGAUGACUUCAGAGUCUGGUGCGCUGCAUCCUCAAGAGCAGCUGGGGAGGCGCGUCUCCCUGGACGUGUCCACCGACUGCUACAUGCUUUUUCAAGACAAGAGGUUUGUGGUGAAGGCCUUCAGGUUGUUCCACCGCGUACCCUCCUUUGGCUUCUGCGUUCAGGAGCAUGACCGACCUGGCAGACUCAACACAGAGCUGUUGAAAGAGUUAGGCCUCAACCCCGGACCCCAGUAUGGCCGUCUGAAGGCUGGGGAACCCGUGACCCUGGAGAACGGCCGUGUGCUACUGUCUGGGGAAGUCAUGGAAGAAGCUAUUCCAGGGAGGAAAAUCUGUAUUUUAGGGGACUGCAGUGCCAUUGUUGGAGAAGGACCGCUGAAGGCAUGCCACAGAGCAGACAUUUUAGUGCACGAAGCCACACUUGCAGAUGAGCAGCAGGAAAAAGCAGUGGAACACGGGCACAGCACCCCAAAGAUGGCUGCCGCAGUAGCCUUGGCUUGCGUUGCGCAAAAGCUGGUUUUGUAUCAUUUCAGUCAAAGGUACAAGCCUUGUGCCCUGCAGAAGGAAGGGGAUGACGAUGACAUUCUCCUGCUCAAAAGACAGGCUGAAGACGCCCUCCAAGGUAGCGGUGUAGAUGUUACUCUGGCUGAGGACUUCCUUACUCUGGCAAUACCCCUAAAAAGGUAGUUUUUAAUAUUAUAUGUGCAUUUUAUAUGCAUUUAUGAUUCAAAAUUGCUAAAAGGCCACCCUUUUCAGAAGUUAACUUAAAGAUGUAGACAAACCAAUUACAAUAUACUUGUAAUCUCCCUAUAAAAAGGUUAUCCCUAAGGUACCCCAUUAACAGAUUGCAUGACAUUGAACAUUGAAACCCACAGCAUCACAGCAUGAUUCUGUGGGGGUUAUGAACAAUAAUUGUAAUAUUUGUCAUGCCAGUUUCUAUGCAGAUAUAGCUCAUCAUUGCAGCGGUUUAAUGAGUAAAGCAAGAACAGAACCUUUUCCAGAGCUUUAUUUCUGGAUCUGUACACAAGUUAUUAAAGUACAACAGAAAAUACAAAAUAAUGUUUAACAAAAGAAAAUAACAUGACUAUGUACAAUUUUUUAUAAACAAUAAAGAUAGAUUUUUGAACAUUUUCUGAUAGUGAAUGUUUUGAUUGUCUAUAUUUCUGGAUAUACAUAAGUUUUGUAGUUUUUUAUUCACAAAAAAGGUAUUUUUCUUUAUCACCAAAGGACUUAAAUGUAUUCUUAAAACCACAACUGCUAUACCUUUUCCUUGUUUAACUCCAAAAACAAAAAUGUGUUAGUGCUUGCGUACACACACAAUUCCGAUACCAGUUAUCAAUAAAAGGUCACAUUUUUCGAGAUGGGUGGUAAAAUAAAAAAUAGCCUACUUUUAAGUCAAUGGCCUUUACAUUCGGACAGUUUGUCUGUAUUUGUACAAAAAGGACAGGCAAAAUAAAUUAUCACUGCACUGCUAACGCUAGAAGAGCCGAGAGGAUCUACUAGGGCUGGGCAAUUAAUCGAAUUUUGAUCACGAUUUCGAUUUCAGCGUCAAAACGAUCACAAAAUUAACAUAAUCAAAUAUGUUUAUCAUUUUAGAUUGGAACAUUACAUUUUUGAUCAUUUUGUGUAUUUUAAGGCGAAAGUUGUUACAAAAAAAGAAUUCGGAGACAUGCUGAAUAAAUACAUGUUUUUAAACUCAAAAAUAAUCGUUUGAAUAAUCGUGAUUUCAAUGUUGACCAAAGUAAUCGUGAUUAUGAUUUAUUCCCAUAAUCGAGCAGCCCUAGGAUCUACUGCAUUUUACUGCACAUUGCAUUUUUCAAAGAGAAACUAGCUCUCCACAGACAGCGGCUACAGCCAUCUAAACCAUCGAGGCUAAACAGAGACACUUUACUGUUUUUUCUUUUCGUUUC